CGGCGCUUUACCGCGUAUGUAAUAAAGGCAUAGGUCUUAGGUUGGACAAGGUAAAUAUUGACACUAUAUUAUAAAUUAUAAAUAUAUACCGACAAUAUAGUGGUCCUAAUAGGGGCGGCCUUACACACGUUCAAAUCUUGUAUAGAACGCAGAUUGCUCACGUAAACACUCACUGUACUAACACAUCCUAGUUUUUAGUUGGCACGGGUUACGUGUGUAAUAUUCUGUGACCCCCAAUUACACCUUUACACCUCACUAUACAAUUUGAGUGUUGUAGGUUUGUAGUAGUGGCUGGUUCAUCUGCCGUAAAAGGGCUGUUGGCGUGACUCGUAGAUGAAUUUAAAACAACUGACAUCGAACAGGUAGCUGACAUAGUAGUACGGUUGGUAUUGAAACGGUAGUUGGUAUAUUUGAAUAGCUGCCAUCGAAACGGUAGUAGCUAGAGGUGCAAUGUGGUCCAUCAAAGUCCAUAGAGGACAUCUUACAAGAUGUUCAACACUUCAAAUAAAUCGAUUGAUGCACGCUGCAGCAGCGGCAUCUACCGAUACUAACAGCCCAGAAGUGGUGGAGUUGCUGCAGAAACCAAGCUUCAACUUCAAACGCAUAUCGGAACAUGCGGAUGCAAUGCACAGGAAUGCUCAAAAUAGGAAUGUCAAGACGGCAGAUGCGUACUCGGUGAAGACUUUAUACCGAGAUCAAUGCAGUCUCAUUGGCCGUGUGAACGAAUACCGACAGCGACGGAACGAGCUGAACGGCCAAUUAAAGGGGCUUACUAAACUAAAAGGAGAUGAUGUCGUUGCAAAACGAUCCGCUCUGGUUCAAGAGUCUCAAGCCCUGAAGAGCACUUUAACAAUCAGCGAAUCAGAACUCUCCGAUAUCACCAAACAACUAUACGACGCCGCUGGAAAUAUACCAAAUGAAACGCAUCCAAACAGUCCCAUUGGCGCAGAGGAAAACGCACGUAUUGUGGCCAUGAGGAACGAUAAGCCUCACUUUGCAUUCACGCCAAAAGAUCAUGUGGAGCUAGGCAAAUACUUGGAUUUAUUCGAUUUUGAAGCUGCCUCCGCUGUAAGUGGACACAGUUUCUACUACCUCAAGAACGCUGCCGCGAGGUUAGAGCUGGCCCUAAUACAAUAUGCGGUCGACUUUGUCAGUGACAGGGGUUUUACUGUGGUUACAACGCCCGAUGUGGUUAAGACUGGCCUGGUUGAGGCGUGCGGGUUCAAGCCUCGAGAUGUAGAGGCAACACAGACCUACUGUCUCGAGAAACCGUACGAGCACCUGGCACUUUCAGGCACGGCCGAGAUCCCAUUGGCUGGUCUUUUCAUGGGCAAAACCUUCAAAGCAUCGCAACUACCAAUUAAAGUGGUUGCCUUCGGACGGGCAUUCCGAGCGGAAGCGGGCGCCUAUGGAGCGGCAAACAAAGGGUUAUACCGUGUGCACCAAUUCAGCAAAGUAGAGAUGUUUGUUGUAAGCGAGAGUGAGGGGUCUGCGACUGUCGGCGACGGAGAAACUCAGUCGGAACUUGCGACAAAGUGCACCGAAAGCGAUGAAUUGUUGGAAGAAAUCAGGACUAUCCAGGACGAAUUUUUACAGAGCCUAGGCUUACACUUCCGCGUCUUGGAUAUGCCAACGGAAGAAUUAGGUGCGGCGGCCUACAGGAAAUACGAUAUGGAAGCCUACAUGCCUGGACGUGCUCUAUCAAGUGAUGUGGUAGACGGAUUGGCUUUCGGCGAGGUAACGAGCGCUUCUAACUGUACGGACUUUCAAGCGAGACGGCUGAAUAUCAAGUACAAGACACAUGACAGCAGUCCCUCACUGUUUGCGCACACACUCAACGGUACCGCGUGUGCAGUGCCACGUGUGAUUAUCGCACUGCUGGAAACUCAUCAGAAUGAAGACGGGACUGUGAAUGUCCCUGAGGCCCUGCACUCGUAUAUGAGGGGCAAGGUUAUCAGACCGCCAGAAAGGGUGUUUUGAAAUAAAGACAUCGGAUAGUAUGUGAGAUUCUUUCGUUGAAAUUGUUUGACGCAAUGGAGUGAAUAAUGUGCACUAGACUGGUAGUUGGUAGCUAGAGCGAUGUGAUAUGUGUCGGCCCCCUCGGAAACCUGUGUGGUCGUGUCACACGGUUCGCCCGAACACUCCCUUGCUUCAGGGGCUGUGCCAACGAAAGCCGCUACCUUUAUCGAACAUAUUGUAUCAGUUAGCACCAUCGAAAAACAGUGGAUUCUGGCUGCACCAACUGGGAUCACCAUU